AUGUUACAUAUUCUAUUUACUUAUUUUAAUCAUUACAUUAUUCAAUCAAUUUUAAAGUCUAUUUAUGCAUUAAAUCCACUUUAAAAGAUAAUCCUUUAAGAAAUCUUAGAAAAAGAACAUUAUAGAACUUUGAUUUAAAUAGAUAUUAAUGAUAGAUAAGGUAUUAUUCCAUGUUUCAGUCUCAUAUAACUUUAUGUUUAUAAAUUUUAGGAUAUUAAAGAUCAAUAAUCAAAUAAAUUAAUCUUACUUGCACAAUAACUAUUUUAAAUUGUACAUUUAUAAGUACUUAUUAAUAAAUUGAAUGGAUCAUAAGCUAAUUAUAAAGAUCAUUAUAUUUGUAAAUACUUGAAAACAGGUUUAAAACAAUAAUUAUUAGGACAUUUUGGUUGUAAGAAAUCGAAUAUUGAGAUAUAAAUAUUAAAAUAUUUUAAUACACUAUGA